AUGUCUUCGGCUAUUCGCUUUAUAGGUAACUAUGAUGUAAACGCGGAAGGGAAAUUUCUGUGGGAAAUUUUGGGUCAGUUACGACAGCUUGGAGUUGGAAGGAUUGUCACGAAGAAUGAAUGGGCUCGAAAAUGGCCUACACAGCCUUCUUACAUCAAAAUCAUUCGGGCCCAACCUGCGAUGGACAGAUGGUUGUUUGGUGGUAAGGUAUGGGGAGAGUGGACCUAUCGAGGACGAAAUCUGGGGAUUUAUGAAUUUGCUGAUGAUCUAAAUCGUUCCGACUGGCGAUUGGUCCAUAAACAUGAGGAACAGGAGCUAAUGGAAGGCAAGGAAGCUAUGGGCGACAUCACUCUACCAAAAUCAUUUCCUAUUCCCCCAUUACAGGUGAGAAAUUUACUGGCUAAAAAGGCUUGUGAGAAGGCUGGCGUGCCUUUCCGAGAAGAACAGACGAGAGCUCCCCUUCAACUGUGCAUUGAUCCAGAAUUUUCUAUGUUGACCCCAUUUAUCAAACAGGAGGAACCCACCAAGAAGAGUACAUCAGUCUACGAUGAAGUUGAUCCACAAGUUUUGCUAGAUCUUUAUGGCAAAGAGAUACCUGUGAAGGUGGAAGCUUGGAAUGUUGGACCGGCGUCGUUUACGCCGCGUUUUUCGGCCACGCAAAUGAAAGUUACUGAACAACAUAGUUCUUAG